AUGGAUGACCAGUGGAGAUUAUGUGUACGUGGCUGGAACUUCUAUCAUCAGGAAAAGCUUUGCAGUCCAAUAAUAAAAAUUUUGCAGACACUGUGGGUCUUGUGCAACAAAACUAGGAAAUGGGAAAGUUUGUUUCACCUGUUCAUGUGUGGCAAAAGGCAGGAAAUCGACCAUGAAGAAACAUCCAGCCCUGUUACGUAUUAUUAUACUAUUCAAACCCUAUUGGCAGUGCCUGCUGCAGAGAAAAUGAAGCCUGAUCAGUUUGAUAUCAAAACAGCUUUUCUAAAUGGUGUAUUCAAGGAAGGUGUGUACGUGAAACAACCUGAAGGAGCUGAAGAUGAUACUGGACGUGUAUGUUUGCUGAAUAAAAUUCUGGGCAGCAACAGAGCAGAUAUUAAGGAGUUAAUGAAAACAUUGAAGCUGGAGUUUCAUACAGUUAGAGUGACUCAACAAUUUUUUGAGUCUGAAGAUACAGCAGAAUGA